AUGGGAUAUGCUGUCCUGGGCAGUAUUACACAGGGGACAGGGGACUGGUGGUGGAAUGGGGAGGUCCAAGGAAUAGUGGAAACUAAGAAAGCGGCAUAUUUGAAGCUAGUGGGGAGCACGGACAAGGAAGAGUGGAGGACGUAUAGGGAGUGUUAUAAGAAGGCAAGGAGGGAGGCGAAGCUCGCAGUCACGGCGGCUAAGACUGCAGCUUUUGAAAGAUUGUAUGAGGAUCUCGGGAGUAAAGGAGGGGAUAGGAAACUGUACAAGUUAGCCAAGACUAGGGAGAGGAAGGCUCGGGACCUGGGUCGAGUGAGGUGCAUCAAAGACGAAGAUGGUAAGGUAUUGGUGGAAGAGUCAUGUAUCAGGCGUAGAUGGCAGGAGUACUUCCAUAGACACUUGAACGAGGAAGGGGAUAGGAAUAUCGUGCUGGGUGAGUUGGAGAACUCAGAGAGUCAGAGAGAUUUUGGGUUUUGUAGGCGUGUUAAGUGUGAGGAGAUUGAUGUGUCAAUACGGAAGAGAAGCAGGGGUAAGGCGACUGGGCCUGACGAGAUCCGGAUGGAAUUUUGGAAAGAAGCGGGUGAUAUCCAGAACUGCAACAACUAUGGGGGUAUCAAGCUGUUGAGUCACACUAUGAAGGUUUCGAAGAGGGUGGUGGAGAAGAGAGUGAGGACAGGUGUAUCUAUCUCUGAGAACCAGUUCAGAUUUAUGCCGGGACGGUCAACUACAGAAGCCAUUCACCUUGUGAGACAAUUGGUGGAGCAAUAUAGGGAGAGGAAAAAGGACUUGCACAUGGUGUUCAUUGACCUUGAGAAGGCUUAUGACAAAGUCAGGAUGUGCGGACAUAUCAAGAAAGACAAGAUUAGGAAUGAAGUUAUCAGGGACAAGGUGAGAGUGACAUCCGUGGAAGACAAUUUGCGGGAAUCUAGGCUACGAUGGUUUGGACAUGUGAAGAGGAGAGAUGAAGAUGCUCCGGUCAGGAGGUGUGAGAGGUUGACCAUGGCGGGCUUGAGGAAGGGCAAGGGUAGGCUAAAGAAGUAUCGGAGAGAGGACCUUAGCUGUCCAGGAAUUCACUCUGUGCAACAUUUUCUCAAGCAGAGGUUGGCAUUGAAUAGCCGAUAA